AAGCCCCACCCGCGCGCGCUUCCAAGUUCCAAUCCCUCCACCACCAACCAGAGUCCAGACUCCAGAGACAAUCCAGCCAUGCCGCCGCCGUCCACCGCCGCGGCAGUCUCCUCCAUUAUCCGCCCGACGCCACCUCCAGCUCUCUCCUUCCACCCCAUACCGCUCCCACAAAUCAGGCGCUCAGCCGGCGCCGCUUCCCGGCUCGUCGCGGCGCGUGCCGCUGCCUCGGGGGCGCGCGGCGAAGGCGACGCCGAGACUGUGUUCUUCGAUGGCGGCGCCCACUACGGCGACCUGGCGGCGAACCUGCUCCUGGGCCUGACCCUGCUGUGGCUGCCGCUGACGCUGGCCGCCGUGUCCCGCGCGUUCAUCCUGCGGUACCGCUUCACCUCCCGGCGCGUGACGGUGGUGUCGGGGCUCUCCGGCGCCGACCGCACCGACUUCCCCUACUCGUCCGUGACGUCCGUGGUGGUCGUGCCAAGAUUCAUCGGCGAGUGGGGCGACAUCGUCAUCACGCUCAAGGACGGCACCAAGGUCGACCUCAGGAGCGUGCCCAGGUUCCGCGAGGUCGCCGACUACUGCCUCUCCAUGGCCGCCGCCGAGGGCUCCCUCGUCAGCUAGCUAGCGCCAGCCAGUGAGGGCCUAGCUGAGGGCGACGAUCGAGGCUGUUCAUAACCAUAAUAACCCGUUGUUCGGUUUAAAAGUCUUGUUCUGUUUCUUAUGCGACGUACUACAUCAUCAGCAAUUCUGCUGCAUCAUGAGGAAUUAAUUAACUGGUAAAUGAUACAUCUCUCAAAGUUCCAUUUGAA